GCUCUGAAACCGCGAACAGUAGUAACGGUUUUCCUCUGAAGAUGAUAUUCCUCAAAAAUAUCCAUGAAUUUGGCUGAAGUCGUAAAAGAAUCGAAGAGGAGGGACAUUAGAGGCUCCAGGAAUGACAGAGCGAAAAUUUACGACGCUAAGAAAGCGUCUAGAUCAGCUCGGUUACAGACAGCCACUUGGAAUCGAAUCUGUUCCGCUGGUCGAGAAACUGUUCAGCGAUCUUGUUCAUACAACAGAAAGCUUGAAAAAUCUUAAACUCCAAGUAGGUAGACAGGAAAAGGAGAAGACUGUCUACGAGGAUAAUGUUGAGCCAUACAGGAGCGAUAAUGCCAAACUUGUAAAGGAGAACAACGAACUUCAUUUGCAGCUCAUAAAAUUACGAGAAGAAACUGAUCAAAUUAUCAGGGAUCUCAAAGCCAGCGUUCGAAAGCUAGAGCACGAAAAUGCCGACCUGAAAUUUUUAAAUACCCAAUAUGUACAUAAAGUUAAAGCCUUGGAGAAGGAAAACAAGGCGAAGACCGAUAGAAUACAAGACUUGCAAGAGAAAAAUUUACACGCAGUCGUGGAAACCCCUGGUGGUCGAAGGAAGCAAAUACCGCUUCGUCGACAGCGAAUGGACAUCGAAAGUACGGUUUCUCCUGCUCGUAGCUUGCCUGGCGAGAAAGACGAUUUACAGGAUCCAUAUGUCGCUGACUUAUUAAACGUGGCUGAUACAAGAAUAGAAGAACUACAGGAACAAGUCUCUCAUCUUGAGGACGAGAAGUCGAGUACGGAAAGACGAAACAAAAGUCUACGAAAACAGGUAAGAACCAUAAGCUUAAUUUGAGCUAAAUUUAAGCUAAGUAGGAGACUUUCAAAUUGCAAAAGCUCUCUGUCGCUGUAGAUGCCCUGGAAGUUAGUUUAAAGCCACCUCUGUUUUGCGCUUCACAUAUUAUUUUGUUUUUCUCAUAGUCAAUUAUUUAUUCUUAUAUUUAGCAUCCUUUGUUGUAUGGUAUACAUGUCGUCGAUAUAUCUCUUUCCCAGCUUGCAUCUUUUGACUACCUUAUGCUCAAACACUACCUCAUACACUUGCCCGUGCUCGGUAUCAAGAAUGUCAACAGAACUACAGGAUCUGAUAGGUGUUUAACACUAGGCCAUUUAAUUAAAUUAUUUUUAUUUCCUUUUGACUGAGUGUCUUUAUUCAAUUAUAUACUUGUUCUGGUUAUUUUGCUUAUCACAAGGUUAAAAUUUUUAUCCUUCUGAAAUAUUCAAAAGAAAAAUAAAUGUUAAUUUUUUUUUAAUUUUCUAAGAUUACUUUCAGUUAAAAUUUUGUCUCAAAAAAGAAUUCUUUUGCUAAUAAUGAAAAAAUAUAUAAUAAUGUUAAUAUUGUAUCAAAUCAGGCUACUGAAGUAAAUAUUUUACUUUCUACUGUGAAAGUUAUUAAUAUUACUUUAUAGCAGUGUUUUCAGUAAAUUUUUGAGUAGGUGUUUGUGGUUUUUAACAGUGACAGAAGUGGGUGGUUUAGUGAUAGCAAUAAUUUUUGAAAGAGUGGAUGGUAAAUUGAAUGCAUCUUAAUCUAGUAAAUAUCUGCAACAGCUGAACAAUUCCACCUGCAAACCUGGUAAUGGAAAAGCUCCACAAGAAUUCACAAAUUGUUUUAUGUUUGCUUAAACUGCUUUUCCUUGUAGUUAAGUAAUUGGCGCUAAUGGAUAUUGAAAAAUGAAAUGUGAAAACUGCCACUCAGUUGUCGCUGUUCAUAAUUGAGACUUGCUCUUGGUUAAUGGAUACUCUCUUGUAGCUGACAAGCUAAUCAUGAAAGUGAGAAAUUGUAGUUGCUGGAAAUAUUUUUAUGCAAUAAUUCUUUGUUAGUAGGAUGCCUCGAAUGGGUGCAAUUGCACAUUUGGGUUUAGCUCCAUUAAUUAAUUAAUUAAUCCUGAUCCUGGAAUUUGGCAGAAUGAGGUCACAAGUGGAGGUUUAAAUGACCUUAGAACAUUCACUUCCCAUCCAAACCACACUUUGUAAACAUGUCUCACAUCCCUCUUUUUUAUCAGCUUACUCUGCUGAACUGCUUUGUCUUAGGAAAAAAAUCUUUACCCCUGUCAUUGCUUUCAGUAGCACUGACGAGCAACAAAAAGUGAUGGCUAUUUGGUCAGAGAAUUUGGCUACUUUUUGCCCCCUAAACUGAAGUAAUAGAAGUUUAGGAUUGUUUAAAACCUUGGACUUUGAGAAACAGUCAGUUGGUUAGUCAACCCUAAAGCCACUGCUUACUUCAAAUAUUAUUGAAACCCCUGCAAAGGAAUUCAGAAUUUCUGAUAGCCAGCCAAACAUUAUGAUACCAGGGGGUGCAGUGUGCAAAGAAAGCCCUGUCCGAUAGCCUGGGGUUAGUGGAUUUUGCCAUUGGGCUGGCAAAUUCUGUUCUUAAUUUGCAAUUGCUAAGGCAUCAUGUCCUUGAAAAGUCCUUCAAAAUUGAAACAUUGUGGGAUAUCCUUGAAAAAAAAUAACCUUUGUUAAAAAAAGUGUUUUUUGUGCAAAGGAAAGAUUGAAAGCACAGCAGUACGCAAAUUUUAUUGGUGAUCAUGAAAGUGUUUUUGCUUAUGAUUUCAAAGUUCCUGUCAUAGUUCAUUUUCCAUUAUUUGAAGUACCCUAGUAACCAUGCCUUUCUGGGGGAAGGCAAUAAGCAAACCCCCCUCCAGCUACGAAUUCUGAAGGUCUUUACCUCAUGCCAUGCUAUGUCAACUUACAGGGAGAAAAAGUCCUCGAAAAAUCUUAUUCCUUGAAAAGUCCUUGAUUAUUCCUCCCAAAUUCUGUAUGAACCAUGCCUCAGGCAUGUGAAGGUUUUUUGUGGAAGUUAUAUUGGAGGAGGACUGUAAUCAAUCCAGCUCGUCAAGAAAUUUUCUUGGGCUUGUCUAAAUGCCUCUUGGGCUAGAACAUGCUAGCUACAGCUUGCCCGAAUGGCAAGCUGUAAAACUGACUUUAUUUGCACCCUGGGAGGGAUAAAGGGUCCAAACCAGAGAACCUUCUGUGGUUGGGAUAUGAAUGUUCACAGAAUAAGACAAUUUUUUCCACCACAACAGACUCUGGCAAAUAAUUGUUUCAGAGAAUAAUGUAAAUAUUCUUUGUGGUAAAUGUUAGAGUACCUGGGGUUUCCAUAAAAGCCUGUAACCAGUACUCUAAGUGUGUUGCUUCUUGCAAGACCUCUUUACUUCUUUCUGUUCAUGCCUUAAUUGCUUAUAAGAUUUAUGGUGGAAAGAAACAACAAUGAUUGAAAUUAUUUACAAAGUAAAUCUCAUCACUUGUUCAUACAGUGGACAUAUUGGGCGAUAAUUAAAAGUUAUUUGCAGCUCUGGUACUGGUAUUGCUUACACAUGUAAGUCAUUGAAAGCCCUGAACUAUUUGUAAUCUGUCUUAGUAGGAGAGGUAUUCGCUGAUAUGAUAACUCUGAUUGAAUUGUGCAAUCAUUGACUGAGGGUAACAUUGAAUAUGCCAUACAGUUCCUCGAUUAACUGCAAGUAACAGGCUGACUAAAUUCAGUUUUUUGUUACUUUCCAAAUCUAGGUGGAAGCUCGCGAUAAAGAAAUUGAGAGGCUUAACAGGCUGCUUGAUGGGGGUCGUCCGGUGGAAGCAGUCCUCAGAGAUGGAAAGAAAGACAGUAGUGAAAGAGUUGUAGCACACCUCAAUGUUCAGGUUACUAUUUGCAUUUUUUAGUUUUGAAAUUUCUUCAACUACAUGUUUGAACUUUUCUUCAGACUGUGGUUUUACAUCUUCCAUACACUGUAGUUUGGGCUGCCCAGGCAAUCCAAGCUGACAUUUAUUGUUUUACUGCCACAGCACAUAGUCUUGAAUAAAAACCAUUAGUGCAGAAAUUUCAUAUAAAGAUCUCCGAUCAAUUAAGUGUAUCUUACAGUGUACAUGUUAAACCUCGAUCACCGUAAGACAAAAUAAAGAAAUCGCUAUUUAAUUAACUAGCGGUGACACCAUUCCUCAUCGUACAAUGUGGAAUCAAAACGACCUGUUAUAUCUAAUGCAUCAGCACGCUGGGCGCUGCUGUAAUUGACUGACGCAUUACAUCCCAAGGAAAACUAGCCUGCGAAGCAGACGUCGAAAGGGUUAGGGGAUAGGGAGGAAAAAGGAGGGGGAUUGGGGAGAGAGGGUCUUUCGCGCUUUUCUCUCUCCCCCCAGCCCCUCCCCUUUUUGUGCCUGCCACGCAAGCUAGAGGAAAACGUCCUGAGAACAAAAGUACAAUAUUUCCCUCACUAUAAUACCAAUUAAAUGCAAUGCCUUUAACAUAACGAACUGACUGUAAAAUAGAUAUCACAGGUCGUGGUAACUGAAGUAAUAAAUACUACAGUACUGUACACGGAGGUGAAAAUUAAAUAGGCUAUAAAUGUUCAAGCUUAGAUACAUUGUAGGUUUUUAGCCCCUUGUUUUCUCUUCGCUAGGUUGACUACCUUCAACAAGCUAAUCGUGAUUUAGAAAAACAGUUAAAGGAUUCAAUAGAACAGCGUGCUGAGGCCACAAAGCUAGCCAAUGAGCUUGAAGCAAGGAAUGCAGAACUACUCCUGGAGCUAAAAGAUAUCACCAGAAUGUCCAAAAGGCAAGAGGAGGAUAGCCAAAGAGAUAACAUUGUUAUACGCUCUGAGUUGGCGGAAACAAAGGUUUGUAAAAAGGAGAUCAGAGGCGUAACUGAACUUUCCGUUCUUACAAAAUUUGUAACGUUUCCCCCACAUUUCCCAGUUCCAUUACAGUCAACUCUGACCUUGCUGGCUCCCCGAUAAUACAGACAACAGCUAGUUUCCGGAAAAGAUUACAGACAUUCGACUGAAAUAAACUUACGGACACUAUUCGUCCUAUUCGUCUCUUACCCUUCUAUAGCGGACUCUCGCUAGUAAAGGCACUAAAUCUGGGCCCCCUUAGUUAACAUUGGACCAGCUCAACAAACCUUUUCGUCGUUUUCUUUAAGCUGAAUCUGUAAUUAAGUAAAUCAAUUCAGUAGUCUUUACUUAACUUUGAACCAGUUAUUUCUGUUUGUUCAAUUAUUAGGCUGUACUACAAAAUCUUCAUCACCAAGAAGGCGUCAAUAGAGCGGAGAUGCAGGAACUUCGAAAGGUGAUUGUCUCUUGUUGAACUGCUUCUGACGGAAUAGUUUUAAAGUCAGGUCCUAGUCAGUGUAGUUUUCUACGCACACUCAGCCAAAAUUAGCAAAGCCUGAAACAUGAUCUUUUUUUUGCAGAACUGAAGAGAAACACUAAGGCGUUUCUCGUUUAUCUAUGUCUUCCUUAUUUCCAAAUUAGCUGGGACGAAUUGAUCGCAUGGAGAAAACAGUUUGUCAGGUUACCCGGCCUGUAACCUGCAGCUGGGUCCCUUUUCUCUAGAGGGUCUACCGUAGACUUCAGCUUAUAAGCCCCACAGUUAUUGGCCCAUCUAGCUGUAAGGAAAAAAAAUACAUCCUUUUAUAAGCCCCCCUCCAGCUUGUAUUGAAAUGAAUUUGGUUUUUGCGACGUUUUGAAGCCUAAGAAAGCGAUCGAAUGCAAAAUGUAUUUUGAUCAGCACUGCCGUGUAGCUUAUAUCCUGCGAGCAAGCUCUCCGGGGCGCUCUGGCGGCGGGGCGGGAAAAGGAAAGAGAGCUUGCAACUUUGCAACUAAUUCCACCUCCAUUUCCCCUGUGGCUCCCAGUCGACUGAGCUGUCAUAUUUCCGCUAAUCAGCGCGAAGCGGAAACGAGUGCGAAUGUAAACAAACGUUGAAAAAUACGUGCCAAUCAUCUCCGCCAAUCAUGUAGCAUUUCACAUCUACUUUUCGAUGCAGAUAUUCAAAUUCCAGAGAGGCAGUGCAAGCUCUCCUUCCUUUUCCCGCCCCACCGCCAGAGCGCCCCGAAGAGCUUGCUCGCAGGCUCUGUAGCUUGUUUUGAAACGCUUUUUCAGCACUGUUAUAAGCCCCCUGCUCGGAUAUAAGCCCUUCUAAAACCCAUUACGAAGUUGUAUAAGCCCAGGACUUAUAAGCAGAAGUUUACGGUACUCUACUGCCUCUUCCCAAGACUUUCGGAGACUUUAUAGGGUGGGGCAUUUUUCGCCGCGUUGAAGUUGUUUUCCAAGUUAAAAAAUCAAGACAGAUAUAAUAGAGCUGGCACUAAUUUGCUUUCAGGAACGGCAGCGUCUUAUGGAAGAGAAUGAGCGCUUGGCAGUGUUGGUGGAUAACGCUAAUGAAGAUGUCAGACAUGUUACUGAGUUACUGGACAAAACAGACAAGGAGAAAAAACGUCUUUCAGAAAAGAACGCACAGCUUACAGUUAACGGUAUGAGUCACGUGUGUUACCUACCUCCCAUCAUCCUUCCGUGCUGGUGCUUCCGCAUUUGCAUGUUUUCCAAGCGGCAUGCGUUCAUGUAAUUAUUGUGUUCUUUUUGUGAGUUAAUGACUGCUAUUCAUCAGAGAGCUUUAGAUCCUGAGACAAGGACGAACACGAGUACGAGAUUUUCUCAAUACUGAGUAUUGCUCACACGUGAUCUAGCGGCAUUUUGGCGGGAAAACGUGAUAGCCGUCGUCAUUCUACUACGAGUUUUAGCGAGAAUGUCCUAGUGGCGGGAACAAGUUAUUAAAUGUAAGAAGUUUUAUCAUUUUGCUAUCAGGAGAAGGCUUAACCUCCUUCAGUAUAAAUAACAACACUAACUUUUUUGGUGAAAAAAAAAGUAAAAUGAAGCUUUCCGGGGUGUCGUUUUGAGAAUGUGCGCAAAACUUUAAGUUAAAUCUCGUACUCGUACUCUUUCUCGCCCUCAAAUCUAAAGCUCUCUGUUGUAAAGUUAAGUUGGCGGGAUGCCUAGCUUAUCAUCUCCUAUCGUGGAGCUGUUUAAGCUACCAGAGGAAUUACCUCAAGUCCAUUCAGAGUCUGGUUUUUAUCCUGAAAGAAUGUCGAAGCUGGAUAUGAAAACCAAAUGCACCAUGCUGUAGCGUAGACGUGCCCUUUUCGGGGAAAAUAGUAGCCUUAGAAAACAGCCGACAUUUCGUGACACCACCAAUGGUUUUCCCGCGAAAUGACGACUGAGUAACGACUGAAGAAAUUCCAUACUGAUGACGUGUCACUACCCAGAUCUGGGUAGUGCGUCUGAUUGGUUGAAACAAAUUUCUCUUGCAGCGCGACUAAUCAGAAGCAUUACCCAGAUCUGGGUAGUGACAACGCGUCAUCUGGGUGGAAUUUCAGCAAACUCUCCUCAGAUGCCAUUCUAGUGGUCGCGUCGCGAAAUAUCGGCUUAUUUUCUCAGGCUAGGAGUCUCUGAAAUCAUUAAUACUUCGUAUCUUUUUUUUCCAAUUAGAACGCGAGCUUGUGAUGGAUCUGGAAAGACUUAAGCUGGCUAAAUCUGUUAAACCCAAGAGGAGUCGAGAUAAGGUAAUUAACUUGUAGCCAAGGAUUUACUGCAGGUUUAUUUAUUAGCAGGGUGUCGGUAAUGGAACGAAAAGAAACUAGAAAACUCGAAUACAGGGAGCAAACUAAUCAUAAAUAACUACUAAAAUUAAAUAUCAUAUAAUAAUCCACUGAGUUACAUGUUAUAAAACUACAAUUAAAUUAACCACGGACUGAACAUUACACAUUGGAAAAAAGCAUGGCUAAAAAUGUAGGUGGUUAUAAGAUACGACUUAAAGGUGCUUAGACUUGGCUUGCCUCUAAUGGUGGCAUGAAGGGGGUUUCACAGCUUUGGGCCACGGAUCAUUAUCUCCGCACUGUGCAAGAAAGUACUAAUAAGCUGAUCUUAAAAACCAGAUGGUCUUUAAAUAUGUAAUAGUUCAGAGAGAUAUAUAGUCUAUUACCUUUCUUCACGGACGCCCUCUCUAGGAAAUUUCUGUUAUGGACAGUAGUCCUCUUUGUCCCAAAGACACCAAAAUUCAUACAAUUUCUACCUUUAUGAUGCGGACGUAAACCUCUGUAGUGCGGAAUCUUCGUUCGCCUCAUGUCUUUCAGAGCCUUGAAGACGAGAAGCAGUAUUUUGCACGUUAUUCCAGACUGCACAAGGAGCCAGUGAAGAUUACGUACUACUAUCUUAACCACACCCCUAUUAAUUUUCUACGUUUAGUCUCCAUCCAAGAUAGAAUCACUUGUGAACACGUUGGAGAAGGAGAGAGAUUACUACAAGGGCGAGUGUGAGUCGCUCCAGGACAUGAUGAGAAAGCGUUUGACAUCAUCAGAUUCCCCGACCACCAAACGAAAAGGAAAAAGUAAAGGAAAGGUAUAAACAAACAGAUGCAACUUAGUCUCCCAUUGAACACUCCCGAAGAUGAAGAAACAUCCCAGCAUGUAGACUUACCACAAGUCGGCCUCAUGAGUUUCUUGCCGAGCGAGGCGAGUUUUUUAGGGCGCGCAGCGGCCGAGCGAGCGACGAAGUCGCGAGAGGUCGAAAGCUCGAGAGGUCGUCCUCUUCCCGCGCCAUAAUCGGACGAAGGACUUUUUGAAAGUCUACCCAGCGUGCUAGAAAUUUCCAUUUCUCACCAGCCACUGUUCCCUGGCCAUUAAGCCUGACAGAGCUUCCCAUAUGAAUAUUAAUGGCGAGAUAAAAAGCAAGAUUGAGGUGCACAGGCUAUUACCAUUAGGUUUUCUACGCUCUGUUGUCGAGUCAACGUUUAAAAAAUAACGACUAAAAAUAACGUCUAAAAAAUAACGACGUGGUUCGAGUUUAUCUGUUUGUUCUUUACUAAGUAUUAAUAAAUUUUUGUCGAAUUAAUUUCUGUUUUUGAACCACGUGAUAACGCGGCCAUCCUGGAGGACAAGUAAUAAAAGUUUUCUCGAAGAAUUUGCGAGAAAACUGAGAGUUUAGCUCCCAGCGGAGGGAAAGACUUUUGUUCUGGUCCACCAGCAUGGCGUCCAUGACGUCUAUAGUUGCCGAGAACCAGCAAAAACAAGACAAUUCUUAGUCUUCCAAACAUUCUAUUUUUAUCUUUAUCGUAGAUGCUCGGUCACCUGGAAAGCAUGACGCAGCUGCUUCAGGAAGAAAGAGACUUUUACAAACGAGAGUGUGAACUGCUUAGGAACAUGAAGGAAAAGAGCGCUUUAAUGUCGCCUCCCACAAGAGAAAGGGUAAUGAACUAUUCUAUGUCGUUUGGGAAAUGUGAACGGAGGGCAAUCACAAUUCCCCCCUGUUUCAUCGUAAGCAUUUGUUUUCUAAUGUUAAUUCCCUUCUCCCUUUCCUGGAAAAUUUUUCUCUCUUUUUAUAAGAGAGAAAUGCUUACAGACCGACCAUGUGCUUGGCUUGCUUUCGAGAUCUUGCAAACCCCAUUUUUUUAAGCCUUUCGUAGCCUGUUCACACACCCUCUAUUUUUUCCUUGCUCCGAGUGUGUCCAUGAAAAUUCGCGCUCAUUUUCACGCUCUACGCUUGCUCUCGCCCGCUCGAAGAAUUCGUCGAAAAAAAACUCUGAGUAUUUUGUGGUCAUGUGAGUAAAAUUAUUUCACAGAAUCUUACGAAUACCCAGCCUGUAGCAAGGCUUUCUCUCUUGCCUCGUUUUCCGCUUGAAAUUCAGAAAUGAGCAGGCGAGAGAGGUGAACAGUGUUAUGUGGGAGUUCUUACAAUGACGUCACGGUUCACAGUAGAGUCCAGGCCCCAGUUGUUCAAAAGGUGGAGAGGGCCAUCCAACGGAUAAAAUACUAUCCAGUGGAUAGCGCACUUGGUUUUGGUGAUACUUAUCCACUGGAUAGUGAAUUAUCCGGUGAAAAGCGCUAUCCAACGUUUGAGCAACCAGGUCCAAGUUUAACUGAAGCGAGAAGCUUUACUCAUGGACCAGGCUGGGCCGCAUCAUAAUUUAAACUAUUUUUUGCCCUAGGUAUCACGUGACAGCCCAAAUGAAACAAAUCGUUUGAGAAGAGAAAGAGACGAACUACAGUCUCUUGUGGAAAAGUUUGAGAAACAUCUUACAGAGGUACGAAGUUUAUUUAUACCCCGCGCAAUAUUUUACAGUUGGAGAUGCGGAUCUUAAAAUUAGGUAAAGGACUGCAAGAUUACUUUAUCUGAAACCUGAUUUUGAAUUGUAGCCACAGUCUUAUUUUACGUAAAAUAUAUUUCCGUAAACUAUGGCACCAGCUCGAGGCUCGGGGGUUUUAGUACAAUGAUUGUUUGAGUCGUCUGCACGAAUUCGCAAACACCCUGGAGAGCGGUUUGAGAAAGAUGCAGUUUCGGUGAACGGAUUCACUGGUUUCCUGUGAAUGGGCUCGAAUCUUGGCGUGACAAAAUAGUGAUUUUUUUGAGUCGUCUUCACAAAUUUGCAAAUCCGUAGGGUCCAAUAAGAAAAACACCCUGGAGAAUAGUUAAAAAGAUGCGGUUUCGAUGAACGGAUUCACUGGUUUUGUGACGACGGGGCCGAGGCGUGGGGUGACAAAAUACAGUGAUUUGUUUGAAGUUGUCCACCCAAGCCCUGAUCUCGUUUUGGAGCGGAAUCCGCGUGGGAGAGGUCUGUUCAUAUGGUGGAGGGUGCCGCUUGCGAUGCGCGUCGGACGCUGUAUGUUCGAAGUUUCCAACCUGGAGCCUGUUUGGUGCAUGUAUGUAAACCCUUGCGAUGACUGACGAUUUAAGUAUGAAAGGAUGAUGUUUGCAGAUUCUAAAGAAAGUUAACAUCUGGCCCCGUUUGCACAAUAGAUGGAUAGCUCUAUUCAGCAGAUAAGUAGGAAACCAAUUGCGUCAUCCCCUGGAUAGAGAUUUAUCCGAUAGAUAUAGUUAUCCUUCUUUUGAACAACUGGCGCUUGGUUAUCAGCCAUAUACAGGUUGCCCGGAAGAUUGGGUCAGCGUGUUGUCGAAUUGCACUCUGGGACUGUUUUUGGGAAUGCUAUCUCUUUUGUUAUUGGCUAUUACAUAUUUGCGUAGUAAACUGGGCCAAAAUAUUCGUCCCCCAAACAGUCCCACAGUGCAAUUCGACGCAACAACGACCCAGUCCCCACACCAACCUGCCAAUGGCCAACGAAACGAUCAUUGGUAUACUGCGGUCUGCUGCAACAUCCUCUAAACUUCCAGCUAGCCUGAAAGGGAGUUUUGCAAUUUAACCAUUUAAAUAUGACUUUCCUGCUUUAGAUUCAGGAGAAUGUGAAAACUCUAACGCAAGACAGGGAUAAUAUUCAGCUGCUUUACGAGCAGGCCACGGAUGAAAUCCAGAGAUUACGCCGCCAGGUGUCUCGAGCCCGGUCUCCUUCACCCUCUCGUGCUGCCUCGGCUGUCUUAGUCCGAGUGGAGUCUGAGAGAGACGCGGCCUUGGCAGACGUAAGGAGAAGUAAUAUUCAGCUUGACAACUUGGAAGACAAGUUGAAGGUUUGUUGCCGUGAAAAUCCGAUUCCCUCUGUCCGACUACGCAGGAUAUUGUUAACUUACCAGGGGAUCUCGCCAUACGACUCCCUCAAUUUUUUUUAGCUGCCACUUUAUUUUUUCCCGGGAAAAUGCCCCUUUUUUAUAAGGAAGCCCUGGCCAAAGGCCACAUUGAAAAAUACAGGUGUAUAUGUUCUUUUAAAAAUUUACCUCGUUAAUACGGUCACUUAAACCAAAUGUGCGUUAUAAAAGAAAUUUGAGUGGCAAAAGAAAGUGGAUCAUGAAAACUAAGCAACAAGGGAUAUUCCUUUUCAAUUGAAGGCGUACGUGAAAUGUCAUAUUGUUCAUCUCCAAAUAUACCUAUGUUCUUCAGUUGUCUUUACAAAUUCAGCAAUACUCUGUCCAGUAUAUAGCACCCCUACAAUAUCAAAUGGAAAAGAAAGAAUCAAUAACUGGAACGCUACUGCGCUGAUAGUCGGCCAUCUCGUUAACACGGACAAAUUCUUACGUCCCGUUGGUGGCCUGUUACUCUGUACGAGGGUCUGCGCCUGUUUCGUCUAAAUUUGUCUGAUCCCUUUUCUUGUCGUUUAGUCAAUCCUCCUUUUAAAUUAGCUGUGUACCCAAAUCCUUAUUCAGUGUGAAAAUCUACAACCGCAUUCUUUAUAGAAGAAUUAAGCGAGCGAACGAGAAACUGAAAUUGGGCAAAAAGAGCGGUCUAUUUAUAUUUAGGGACUUGUCAGAAAUUAGCAGGGGGGGAGGGGGUGGGAAUUUUAAAUGUGGGUUCGGAAAUGAGGUGACCCAUCCCUGCAAUGGGAGUGAAAUUUGCUAACCCUCCCCUUGACCCUGGCCUAAAAUAUCAUGACCCUCCCCCUCUUAUAUAAAUGAUAAAAUCUAGUUCUUGCAAUACACUAGGGUGAGUCAGUAUUAUGAAAGCUCAAAAUAUAUUUCUAAUCUAUUCUUUGUAAUGCCAUAUACAUACAUUUUAGGUGACAGCAUUAAGAGUCCGACACUCAUUCUGACAGCUGAUCACUCGACUCUCCUAUUUCUCCAAGGUUUUUUUUUUACAAAAUAAAGAACUUCUUAUUUCUUCUGUGAGUGAACCUCUACAUGAUCACGAACACAUAUUUGCAUGACCCUCCCUCUUUUAACGGUCCAUUUUUCAUGACCCCUCCCUUUUCUGCAGUCUCAAAAGGUUGUGACCCUCCCUCUGUUUCCACCCCCCUCCCCCUGCUAAUUUCUGACAAGUCCCUUAACUCUGUUAAUUUGGUUUUAGGGCGCAAAGGAUAGUGCUCUUCAAGAGCGCAGACGAUAUGAAGAUAAAAUACAAAGGUUGGAGACCAUGUUAGAAAAGGUAAUGACGGACGAUAUUAUCCUUAACAUAAAAUUUGUCACGGUCUUUGGGAUUACGAAUUUGUAAGGCAUAUUUGCGAAGGAAUCCUCCUCUGCAAGGAAGAUCAUCGCGGUUAAAAACGCAACAGUAGCGAAAAAAAGAAAGCCUGAAAAACUUCAGACUUGCCGGGAUUCGAACCCUGACUUGUGACCAGCUCCCAGUCUCGUUCCCAGUCGUCCUUGGCGAUUUCGGAUGUGACGUCACCUGUCAAGCUUGUCGGGAAAAUUCGCUAUCGCGCUCUGUUCCAAGCCUCCUCUGGUCACUCGGAUAGCGCGAACAGGCCUGGGUACGAGGCUGAUCAGCUCCCAGUUGGCUUGCUAGCUCAACUCAUCGUUAGAACGCUGCACCGGUAUCGCAGCAGAGGUCAGGGGUCGAAUCCUGGAAAUUCAGGCUUUCUUUUUACAACUGCAUAAGUUGCGUCUUUAACGGCGAUGAUCUUCUUUGCAUUUAUUUAUUCAUUCCGCGGUUUCAAUGCAUGAAAUUCACAUAAUUAUGUGAGCAAACGUGUAAACAGUACUGAAAACUGUGAGUAAUCAAAUGAGUAGUUUCUUUAAAGUUCAAGCAAAGAAACUAGGAAACCUUGCCAGGGCAAACUAUUUGCAUAUCCUGAUGACCAAACGCAGCAAAAGUUCCGUUUUUGUUAAUAGUCGUUUUUGUAUAGACGCGCUUGCCCGAAAAAAAAAAGAAAAAGAAAUAACCAAACUGACAAGAAAAUGUUUAUGGGAAAGGGCGAGACCUAACAGUGCUUCUAUUCAUUUAGGUCGAGGCAGACAGAAACGAGCUUCACUCCAGAGUGACGUCACUCAGAAACAUGGUGUCCGGUCUGGAGGACCAGUUAAAACAAACUAGUGCCCAGCUUUCCAUGGCAAAGGACUCGGCGCUGGAACUUGAAGCCGAGGUUAACAAAGUACAGUUAACAGCUGACCAGCAUCAACGCACCGUAGAAGACAUGGAAAGGAGGCUGAACAGAAGGGCGGGUGAACUGCAGGCGUCUGAAGAGAAAUGCGUGCAGCUGGAGCGAAGGAUAGGUAAACUCAAUGUAUAUGAUUAUGAAGUGGGUUUUGGUCUGAUGUCGUUGAAAUCGUAGUGAUUCAUUUGUGAUAGAGAUUUGGCGUGCAUUCCUCAAAACUCCAGAAGAAUUUUCGGGCCCGGUAAAGGUUUUUUCUCAUCGAUUUUUUAUGAUCCUUGGGAGUUAUUGUACAAAGUAGGUCAACAAACUUCUCGAGUUUUUUUUUAAUUUACUUAAAAUCACAGUUCUUCUAAUGAAAUUUGUGCACUUAAAACAGUUUUUGGGGAUCGAAAUGAUUUCGGGAGUUUUGAAAAACCGACUCUCAGGACGCGACGAUUCUAAAUGAUUUAAAAAUACAAGUCACUGCAAUUGAUACGUUCUUCAGAGUCUGCUCUUUUUAAAAUGUUUUGAGAUAGCCUGCGUAGCCGGGAGGAUUGUUAGCGCACGCAAAGUUUGGCAGUCAGGAGCUGCAAAGCCGCGUAGAAUGGAGUGUAAAAUAUUGUACAAGGUUUUGAGAAAGUUUCGAGGUCUUAGCAAAACGUUUCUCUGCCCGUAUGCCGUUUCAGUAGUUUUAGCUACAGGUGCUCUUACAUCGAAUCAGUUCACCAGCAUUCCAAAGGGCAAUGCGGUAUUCAUGUCUUAUAUAAUUAUAACAUGUUUUUUAGACGAAAUUGAACAGAGAAAUGCUGAGCAGAGUGUAGAGACAGCCGAAAUAAAAGCAACGGUGAAGUCUCUGGACCGAGAACGAGAUGAUUUAUCGCAGCAAGUGGACGAGAAAACCGAGGAAAUUAUGAAUCUGGAGGCAAGAAGAAUACAGCUGGUAUGUUGAGGUGUUUCUUCUACAACUGUGAGCUUUCGAUUAGGAAAUCUGGAUUCAGAUUUUGAAAUCCGGGUUUCGGAUUUUCAAUUGACUGCAUAAUCUGAAAGCGGAUUUCAACGCUGAACAACGGUCUCCAACUCGCAGUCAUAAUUAUAGCAGAAAAAAGACCACUGUUCACGAGACAGUUUUGCAAAUCCGUUUUUUCGGAUUUCCCAAACAAGCGGUAAAGAAAGAAAUGCAAAAUAUCCGGAUUUGGAUUUCAUAAUUGAAAUCCACUUUGAGGACGGAUUUCUCGGAAGUGAAAUCCGUUUUACGCGUUCGAUUGCAAAUCCAUAAUCCGGAUUUCAAGAUAUGCAUCCAGAUUUUCCAAUCGAAGGCAACCUUGGAUUCUUGAAAACGUCUUGAAACUGGCGAACCAGUUUUCCAGACCUGGAAAAAGUCUGGAAAAUAAAAUAAGAUAAAUUCUGGGAAAAAGUUAGAUAGUGUGGAGUUUUUGUUUUUUUUUUCUCAAAACUGUAACAAUCUGUCAUCGUGUGAAAUCCUCAGUUCGUUCCUGUGUUUUGAUCGUCUUAGCCUGCAUAACAGGAGAUUAUGAGCCAAGCGAGGCGCACGCGGUAUUUUGCGCAAAGUGGGAGACGAGGGGAGGAGCGUCGCGCUUCGCUCAAAAUUACGCAUACGCGUCGCUUGGCUUAUAAAGCGCCAGUUAUGCAUGCUACGAUCGUUUAUUUGAUAACCUCGAGUCUGGGAAAACAAAUUAAUGUUUAAAUUUUGGAAAGUCUGGACAAUGUCUUAAAUUUGCAUGCAAAGAUCUUUGCCCACCCUGCCUUGACUUAGCACGAGAAACUUUUUUUUACAUGUAGUAAUGCGAAAAGAUAACUGAAAGAUACUGCCAGGGCGGAUAAAGGUUGGUGAACUCGGUCAGCGUCGUGUUAUCAAGGAUCACCAUUGGUCUAAUAAAAAUUGCAUAUUCGUCCCAAUUAUUCAGCUUUAACAGUUAAACUAUUCCGUUGUCAUACUGAUAAGGAUAUCGUGUUGUGAAAAGGUAAACAAACUUUUUGUAUAUGACGUUAAACAAUGUAGCUUUUAGCGACUGGCCUGCGUUGUGUUUACUUUUCUUUCAAUGGACGCCGUGUUGUUAUUUGAACAAGUCGUGCAGUUUUCUGACGCUGUCUUCUUCGUUGCCAGAUGAAUACCACAGCAACAACAUAUCACAACACAAAACAAAACCAGUGUUUUAUAUUUUAUAUUGCUCCACCGGGGUCGACUUUUAGUCCAACAGGCUUUUUUUCUUGCGAAGUAGAACUCAUAGACACAUUUUGAAGGUUUUGCAACGUCCAACUUUACGACAAUGGCAUGGGUUGCGGCUCUUCACUCUUUAAAUUAUCUUAAAACGUUUGUUGGAGGCGAUGAGGUAAGAAUCGCUGUUUUUGCGUGGUGUACCAGUUGUUUGCAUUGUUUAAAUCUCCGACAUGAUCUCUUAGGACUUUAUACAAAUUCCUUGCACCUUUUGAGUGCAGCACAACUGGAAUGAAAUUUAUAUUAUACACUAGACAACUUUUAAGAUUUUUGUUAGUCAAACUUCUUAGCGACUGCCCACUGUCUUCAAUAAAUCCACAACCGAAGUGAAAUUUGUGUCGUAAGUUAGUGUUAUGAUUGGUGAAUAUUAAUUUCUUUUUGCUUUAAAUAAUAAUAAUUUGCUCAGCACUGUACACUUGUAUAACUUAUCAACUUCCACAUUAUACCCAGCUUAGUUCUAAAGACCGCAUUGCCGCCUGUUCUCGCGAAGAUUCCUUGUACGUCUUGUACCGGUCUAUUUGUCGGUAAGAGAAACUCUGGUAACGAAAUUGAUUGCGCCGGCGUCGUAUGCCUCGUGUGUCCUUGAAGGUGAUACAUCCACCAAAUUUCUUUUUCUUUUUUUUUUUUUCAACACCUUAUUUACAUUGACAUUUCAAUAGUAGAGAGUUGGCUUUCAACUUACCAAAGAACUGCCAUAAUGAUAUUAUGUCUGAUAAAAAGAAAAUAAUUAGACAGAGGGUAACGCCCAGUAUAGCCCUUGGGAUAUGUGAAUUGCACCCAAGUUAUAUUUAGACCAAUUAAACGCUUGAAAUUAAUCGGAAGUUGGUUUCCGAAGAGGUUUGCAAACUUCUAUUCAGUGUUGUCAAGAGAGAAUAAGGGGACGUUAUGCUCUGGCUCGUUGUGUGUCGCCAACACAAUAUUCUGCAUUGUUUGUUUUGAGGCAGUCAUGCGUGGACUUCAGAUGACGUUUCUAACAAUCGAUCAACAAGUGCAGAUGCCCGAGGAAUUAGACUUCCGUCUAAAAAACAAACUCUAAAAAUAGCCUUAGUGAAAUUCGCUUAUCCCGUCUAACGGCCUGAGAUUCCCCCUCUAUCCCAUUAAUCUCUCUGGUCUGAUUUGUUUUUGGUUUUUGUUCAUCUUACCUGACUUGACAGGUGAGCUUUGCUUGUAACUCCUCCAGGGUGCAAAGAAAAUCAUUUUUACAGCUUGCCAUUCGGGCAAGCUGAAGCUAGCAUUUACUAGCCCAGACGUCAUUUCAACUAGCCCCAAAAGCUUUUCGUCGGCAGAAUUGAUUUCACACUUCUUCUGUUAUUCGAAUUCCUCAAAGAACAUCACUUGCCCGUCGGGCAAGUUAAAAACAGAUUUCACUAGCCCCGGGCUAUCGGACACGACUUUCUUUGCACGCUGUCCUCACUGAUUACAAUACGGUUACGAUGUUAUGAACUGAAAACGUCUCGCCUAGUAUAAGGUCCUCAUGAGUGCUUGAGGUAGUACUGUGCUUGAUAUACCAUCCGCUGUCCAUGCGCCAUGCUCCUGCACUCCAGCCUCGUCCCCAGGGGCCUGUUUCCCGAAAGUCCCGGUAACUUUUCGGGCCCGGAAAGCUCUUUUGUCUUUGUUGUGUUUGCGUUCAAGAUCGAAGUUUCAGUAAUUUUUAAAAUAUGUAAUACAAUGCAACAUUUAGUGAACGAAGCAAUAUUGACUGGUUUGUGGGCUAAGAACUGUGCUGCUAUAACAGGUUUUAAUUUCAAAAUUUCCUUUCGGGUCGUUAGAAACGGGCCCCAGGGCUUUUCCCAAUCCCUGGGGACGAGAUUGCCCGCUCUCAUCCUCCCCUUUUUCGGGUAGGAACCAAGACUGGAAUCACGAGAGCGACGUACAUCGAACCUUGUCUAUUCACUUCACAAAUGAGUUUUCAAUUCUUUCUUUACCUCUAGGAAAAAGCAGAAAGCGAGCUCAAGAUGAACAUGGACGAUUUAGAGGCACAGCUAAGGUAAUUUGCUGACUAGUUUUCAUCAGUUUUCUCAAAUUGUCCGGUAUAUAUGGUAGUAAUAAUUGCUGAAAAAUUAAACUCUGUCGUAUCGUAUCAACAGCCACUCAUUAGAGCAAGGAAACCUAAAGGACAGGGAAAUAAAGAGCAUAAGAAGACAGUUAGACUCAAGGGAUGACGAGUUAGCUGAAAUGACAAGAGGAAGGGAAGUGGCUCUGAAAGAAAACAGGCGACUACAAGCAGAUUUAAACACCAUGACCGAGGAACAUCAGGUAUGGCUCAGUUAGUCUUAUUGUAGUAAGUUGUGUGAAGGAUUUCAGACGAGACUAAAUUUGCACCAUAUGAAUUUAUGCCUUAGUAAACAGCCGAGAUUUUGCGAAGCCACCACUGGUUUCCCGCGAAAUGACGUCUGAGAAACGAGCGCAGAAAUUCCAUACUGAUGACGCGUCACUAUCCAGAUCUGGUUAGUGCUGUGAUUGGUUGAAAAAUUGCUUCCACCAAUCAGAAGCUCUACCCAGAUCUGGGUAGUGACGCGUCAUCAGUAUGGAAUUUCCGCACUCGUUCCUCAGACCUCAUUUCGUGGGGAAACCAGUGAUGGUCUCGCGAAAUGUUCGCUGUUUUCACAUGCUAAUAAUUAUUUUUAUUUCAUUUUUUUUUCUUUCAGGCGAUUCAUCUGCAGCUACAGGAAGCGUUGGAAGAACAGGAAAGCCUCAAGGUUCAAAUAGCGGAAUAUGCCAGACAAGUGGCACGGGUAGAAGAACUGCUAGCUGAGAAGGUCAGUUUACUUACUUUAUACGCACGCGCAUUGGCCAUUUAGUUGCGAAUGAGACUGGCUCGGCGUCAUCGAAUUGUAUUAUGGGACUGUUUUUGGAACACUAUCUUUUCUUUUAUUGGCUGUAACAAAGUCGCGCAAGAAACUGGGUCAGAAUUGGACCAGAAAAAACAAUCCCAUAGUGCAGUUCGACACAAUGACCCAGUCUCACGCACAACCUCUAAAUGGCCAAUAACAUUAUUAGUUGUUUUAGCCGAUUUUUUUUGUGUUUUGUCAAGUGUAUGUUUUUGUUUCUGUUUUGCAACGUUUUUGUUGUUGUUUUCUUUAUCAAGAAAGUUAGUCGAGUUGUAAGUUUUUUUUAUACAAAAGCAGAGGCGUUCUAAUUGUUUUGUUUCUGGUUUAGCUGACAAUUGAUUUUUUUUGGCUAGUGGGAAAACCUUUUUUUAACCGGAAAUACAAGUACAAGUAUGUGCUUUGUUUUGCAUUGGAAUAUCAACGCCCUCAUAUGGUUAUAAAACUUAAGGUGUAUCAGGCUAUGUGUCAAUGGCUCCUCGUUUGUCUCGCGAGUGAGCGAGAAAUCUGCCCACGCGAGAAAACACAACACGCGGGGACGGAAAGAAAUUGACGCUAGCGUGUGUAGACAACUCUCGUGCGUACUCGUGUUGUUGCUUACUUGACGGUCCCUUUGAUAGAUAAGAAAGCGCUUGUAUUCUAAGUUUAGAUAUGAGCAACGAUUGACCAGUGUUUUAAACGCAGGAUCAAGAAAAAGAAGAAUUACUGGAACAGUAUCAGCUUCUCACCGGUGAAACAGAGAGGCUGGUGACAGAAUCAAAGUUGUCAGCUGGAAAAAUGUCCACCUACCACGUUGAACUGAUGGAUAAACAACGAUCAGAAAUGGAACUGAGAAUCAGAAAGAAAUUUGUGAACAGUGUUCUGGAAAAAUGUCCACUUCUGAGAAACCAGGCCCGUUGAACUGAUGGAUAAACAACGAUACGAAGAACCUGAGCACUCCAAAAAUGGAACUGAAUGGCGGAAAGAUUCAGACGGGUUUACGAUGUAGUGGGACGUGCGUGGGGCCAAUGAAAGUAAAGGCAACAAAAUUAAAGACUUUGACUCAUUUGAUAUCAUGUUUUUUAUUUAUUGAAACAAACAGAAUGCUGUAGUGUUAGGUUGACCAUUAAAACUACUUAAGUCCGUUUGACUCGUAGCUUGCCCCUGCGCCCUAACGGGCGCAUCUUCUUGGUUUUAAUGCGCCAUUUCAGUUUUUCUUGCGGGAAUCCCGCAAGGCCGCGGCCUGGUGAGAACACUGAGUGAAACUUCAUUCAGUUUUUUUUCUGUUACGCUGUCCCUUGGCUAGAAAAUCCAAAGCCAUUUUACCACCCAUUUAUAACUUGCUUGAAUGAGUUUCCCGCCUUUCGCGCCGGCCACCAGUAUUUGCUUGAUCUGGUUGGUUGUCGGUAUUUACUUGUGAUUGGCCAAAGUAAUGUAUUUGGGUCUGUGCUGACGAAAUUCAAUUAAAUUAAAAAUGAAUCGUGUAAUGAGAACAUUUCUUGUGGUAAAAACUUAACCAACGUUAACAAGGUCUUUGUUUUGACCAUGUAGAGUGUUUAAUUCUAAAUAAAAAUCGAUAACAAUCCAUUGUAUGGCAAAGUUACGUCUCGGAUAGCUAAAGAAGUUAAAUAUUUGAGUCUAUUCCUUUGACGAGUUUUCUUGAAAGUGAGAAAGGAAACAGGAAAACGGAAAACGUUUUAUCGUAAAUAAGUCUUAAAACGAUGAAUAAAAAAUGUGGGGAAAAAAUUACAAAAAGAAUUGACAAGUUAUUCUGAAGACCCAACGAUUAUGAAAAUGUGUAAGGGGCAAAAUAUUAACUGGUAUAGAAAUGAUUUAUUUUGAUUUGUUUUGUUUACAAAUUAUUUCGUUAGGUGCAAGACGCACUUGCUAAUAAACGGCGACGUAUGAGAAGGGAUAUUGAUCAUCGACGAUUAUCCUCUCACGAAUACUCAAGUUAAAUUGAUACUUAAGUUACGUUUAAGCAAUUAAAUUGAGAUAAUAACGUACUCCUCAAUCCAAUACACUCUUUAACAUCACUCAAGACAGGAUAAUCUAACUUAUUCUUCACCUUAAGAAAGGAUUUUACAAAUGUUUACAUUAAAAAUAUAUAAUCAUUGAGGAACCCAUGACGAUAAUCCAGCUACAUAUCGUAAGAUUAUUGUUAGAAAGCAAUUUCAUAUAUUACAUGUAUUUAAAAUUCCGAUAAAUUAGUUGAGAACAAAUGUUAAAUUAGUAAGAAGUUUAAGUCUGUUAAAGCUUGUAAACGCAUAAAUUUCCUUUCUACGAUAAGCUUAUAGUUUUUAUCUCCCAAACAUCUCUACUCUGAUAUAAAAUUUCAUAAAACCUAAAAUAAAAAAAAUAUAUAUAUAUUGUUCCGGGAAAUAAAUUAUUCUUUAACUGUUCGUUUAUUUAUGAUAAUGGUAUUUUGUUUGAUAUAAUGUACCUUCGUAAUGUAUACACUCUAUUAGUGAAAUAAAUGCAGCUAUAAAUGUACGGUUUUCUUAUUGCGAUUUUAAAGAAAAAAGGGGCGAGAGUGAAUAAUCUACUGUACAUCAAAGAUAAUGACAUAUCAGUUAAUUUUAAAGAGCUAAAACAAAUAAAGGUGACCUUAUCCUCCUCAUAACUUGAUGUCCUUAGUGUGUUAAAAAGUUAAUUUAAAUAUAUAUAAAUCCUCGGACGAGGAUGAUUGUGUCACUUGAGUGCAAUGAAAAGGGCGUCAGGCGUGUUUCAACCUUCGUGUUUUACGUUCGUCUCUGAAACGCAUAAAAAAGCUGUAUUGCGAACUGUGAACUGCACACAAACUGAAUGAACGUCGAGCAGACAAUAUUAGCUCGAACAACUUUUUUUCCCUCCACUGACAGUCUGUUUCAGGCUCUUGGUAAGUGGGAACGACCGAAAAGAAAAGAAAACAAGCAAUUACAGGCAAGGACUCGGUUUUCUUUACGUUCUUUCUCACUAAAUGGGAGCCUGGAACAGACUAUUCUGCUCGCGCUCGUUGCUACCAUUUCAAACGACCUCUCCCCAGACCCUUCUUCCCACGCAGAACGGCGAGGCGGGAAAGUAGUCUUGACGGACGAGACCCCUUCGUAAAAGUUAACAAAACGUUGUCUUUGGAACAUGUGCAUUAUUUUAGUCGGGAAACGCUUUUUAUAGGGAAUUAGACCAAGUUAGUGUCCGUAUUGGAAAAAUGGGGUUGGAAAAACUACCUUUCCUUCUCCCCCUCGUAAUAAUGUAUGGGACAUUAUGUAACUGUAACGAAUUAUCCAAUCAGUAUAGCGCAUCUCAUCAAGCUUAUGAAAUUCAAGUGACCAGCCUUACCAGAUCCCUCGCUCAAAUGGAAGAACAGCUCAGACUGGCUAAUGAGGACAGGGUAAGUGGUUUUCAGGAUAUUUCGCUUUUUAUGGCGACAGAUUUGGCGUUCAGGUUUAGCUUGUACAACAGGCGUUUUGGGGGGCCAUAUCUCGAUUCAUUCCCAUCAUUUGUAUACCCAAAGUCAGGGAGUGCUUCUGACCCCGGCUUCUGAUCGAGGGUCACAACGCUCUUGCUCCAGCGCUGUGCUUUGGGUAAGUUUCACGUGAUAGAAGGCCAAAACGUGCGUGAUCAGAUUUCACGUGAUAGAUGGCACAAACACGCGCAUGAUCAGAUUUACUUUUAUGCGUUCCAUAAGCUUUCCAUUUAUUCUCAGUGGAAGUCCAAGUGAGUGAAUGCUGGCUACAUAAGUGCUAAACGCGCGUAAUAGUAACCGGGACAUUACGAUUGCGGGCUCCUCUUGUCGCCCGCGACAAAUGAACUUGUCUUCAGCUGAUAUUCUUUUGAAGUGGACGCUAGCGGAAGUCCCGUUAGGUUUAGUCUCCAGCCUUGGGUCCCGUGGGUGUUUGUAAAUACAGGUGUUAAAGAAAAAGUUUUAUUGUUGCAAUGUUUUAAAAAUUGUUGUUGUUUUUUUUCUUUAUUUGGUAGGAGAGUAUGAUGCAAGAUCUGACAGCUGUCAGAGAACUAUGCAUGAAACUUGACCAAACACGAGAGUCGCUUUCCAGGCAACUUGCUGCGAAAGCUUUAGACCAUGAUCAGGUACUCAAUUCUGUGAAUUCGCACCGAAAAUUUAACCUAAUGUAGCAUCAAAGUGGAUGAAAGCUUAAGAUAUGAAAAGUAUUUUUAAAAAGAACGCUUGGUCGCAGACUGCUAAACCCGCCCUUUAAGAAGCCUACUAUACACAAACGUACAGCUCGCUAGAGUGCGCUUGUAAUUGUAGACGAAAGUAAAGGGCAAAGGCGUGAUCUUGAGGAGGGAUAGCUCUGCUUAAUAAGGCCACGAUGAUAUCAUUUGCGCUAUGGUUGCAACUGUGACUUUGUGGAACCUCCAAUUGCAAUAAAGUUAAAAGCUCAACAUGACUGCUCGCAGGCUAGUAUUGCUUGUUGAGUCGCAAGCCAGUUAAGCUUGCACAACCAAUCAAAACCUUAAUUUGAUUGGUUUUAUUCGUUGCUCUGUUUUCAAGAUUGUUUUCCUUUUUGUUUUUAGUUGCGUGAGCUACUCGAUGAGGCCAAGAUUGAAACAGACACUUUACGGCAAAAGGUUUGGCACCGAUAACUCUAGUCUCCUACGUAAGCAGAGCAGGUGUUAUUAGAGUCGUCACGUAAAGCUCUCUCUGGAACAUUGCCUGACGACCCAAGUAACGGCUGUGAGAUAAGCGUUGGGUUUGAUACCGUAAAUUUCCGAAGAGUAACGACGCUCCGACACUUUUGUGAUUAAAAAUGAUCGCCGCGCGCAAAGACUAAAUCCAACCGUUCACAAUAGGGCCAUUUAUACGAGGAAAAAUGAGACGCGUCUUACAUAAGACGCGUCUUAAAUAAGACGCGAACUGUACCACUUAUACGAGCAUGUCUUAUCUAAGACGAGAACAGCUCGUAUAAAUGGUUCGCGUCUUAUCUCUGUUCUUGACUCGUUUUCAUUUGAAUGUUGCCCGUAGCAACGGCAACCAACAAGGCGCGAAAAUUUUCCCGCCAAAAAUUAACGCAUGCGUACCAUGCGUUCGCGUCUUAUUUAAGACGCGGAGGUCUUUUAUGCGAAGUUUUUCUCGUCUUAACUAAGUCGCGUCUUAUUUUAGACGAAAUGUGCCGUUUAUACGGGAAGUUCGCGUCUUAUGUAAGACCCGUCUUAUUUUUCCUCGUAUAAAUGGCCCUAAUAUGACUUAAUACGGUAGUAAUGGGAACUGACUGCUGCUAACAUUGGGUGCGUUCCUUUGGGAUGAUCUGGAUCAGGAUUAAUGAUCCGAGAUCGUUCGGAUCGUGAUGCAUCAAAGAAACCGAUGAAUCCUUUCCCAGAGUUGAUUCGUCGGUUUCUUUGAUGUUCUAUGAUCCAAGUGAUGUCAAAUCACUGAUCUGAAUAUAUGAAAGCUCGCACGUUACGUCAAAGUAGAGCGAGGUUCAACUUACGUUAACGCGCGACCUUCCAUACAUUGCCUCUAUUUCAUUAACGCGCGUUAAAUUUCGUUCGUACUUACGUAAAAAUUACGCGACAGUGGAAAUCCGCCUUUAAUGUUGGAAGCCAAAGUUUCUUUUGGAGCAAACUUGUUUGUAUAUCUUUAGGCUUGAUAGCAACGGUAAUUAGCAAUCUCAGUGACUAUUAGACAAAAAAGUUAAAACACUUAUUCAACCCCCUAAGACAUUUAAAAUAAUGUUUAGAAUUAACGGACGCGUUAAAUGUUUCAAAGACCUUGCCGUUGAUGCCUUUAUUGUUCACAGGUGUUCUCAGAGAAAGAAACCGUUAGAAGUCUUGAGGGAGUUCUUGCAAAACAAAGAGAAAAAGUAUUAUAUUAUUUAUCAUUUCUUCAUUGCCAAAAACUGGCGACAUCAGAAAGCUUAGUUACAAUAAACUUUUACCAUCCACGCAGGAAUUCGUUGGACGAAAAUCUCUGGAAAACACGAUGGACGAAGUGGACAGACUAAAAGACAGGCUGGCAAAAACAGACCAGGAAAAGUAAGUUUGUAUAACGCCCCACUGUUGGGUGGUGGAGGGCAAACCAUACAUGUCAGCUUGUGUUUUCUCACCAGUGUCCUAACUUUUACUCAGCCAUUGGCCUUAUUCGGCUUAAGUCAGACACGCAAAAGAAUUGUCGUUUAAAUGAAAGACUAUUGUCAAACGGAGGACACAAACACGACUCGCUAAACCCUGGUAUCUCAAGUUAAAAAAAGCACAAACUGCUGUGGUGCAGUCUGUCGAAUUUGAUGUCAUGGUUUGGUGUUUUGCAGAACCUAUCAGCGGCAGGAGGUCAACACGUUACGCAAAGCUUCAGAGAGACUUGAAGACGAAGUGUCUAAACUAAAGAAACAAUUAGCAAAUGAGAAGUUUGAAAGGUAUAUAGUGACAAGAUAGUGUACUACCCAUAAGAUUUAUGUACAUACCGUAAAAUUCCGAAAAUAAGCCCCUCCAAACAUAAGCCCCCCAAACAGGUAACGCAAAAAACCCUCCGUUAAAUCGCCCCUCCAAAUAUAAGCCCCCCGGGGGGCUUGUACUUGGAAAAUUUCCCUCAAAUACAAAGUAAAACAAAGUAAAAACGGUAAAUUUACUUCCAACUAUAAGACUAGCCCAAUCGAUUUUGAAACGCAACUUUCCCUCCCUAGAUAAGCCCCUCCGAAUAUAAGCCCCUCAAAAGGGGACUUUGAAAAAUAUAAGCCCCGGGGCUUAUUUUCGGAAUUUUACGUUAUAAACUUUGGCCAUGUGAAUCAUCAGACACACCAGAUUAAACCUUGCCAAAUUAGAUUUUUAGGUUGCUGUUCCUACAAUUUACCAUCAUACUUGCCUGAUCAAGACUUUAGAGAAGAAAUGUUGGAACAACAUUUAUAUAAAGAAGAGGAAGCUUUAGAGCUUCUGUAAUCACAAAACCGGGGAAAGCAGGUCAGGUUGCCGUAUUCAAGUGGACGGAAUUGGGGAUUUUGUUCAAAACAAUCAGCCUGUAUACAAUCCCAUUCUAACCGUGGGUAAUGUUUGAUUUCCACUGACGCGUUUUUGGCUACUCACGUUAACGCACGUAAAUUUUAAUCACGUAAACAAAAUAGAGGCAAGAUAUAAAGUGUUGAGAUUAAAUGUGAAGAUGAGGGAGGUUCUACUUUUACGCUUACGUGCGACCUUUCAUACAUUGCCUGUAUUUUAUUUGCUAACGUAAAUUUUACGCACGUAUGCACGUAAACAUUACACAACAGUGGAAAUCAACUAAAGGUGAUGUCACACGAGACGAUUUUUAGCGCAACACAGCGUUGCAACAUUGUUGUGACAUUGUUUCGAAUAGGUACAGUAUUGUUCCAACAUUGCAACGCUCUGUUGCGCUAUAAAUCGUCGUUGCCAUCACCUUAGUACACAAAAGAUUGUUGGGGCCCUUCCUCAAAGCGAGCUAACGAUGUUACUACGACUGUGUAAUUCCUCCAACAGAGAAAGAUUAUUACAAGAAACAAGUCGAAGAGAGAGGGAUAUCACGGGCUCAGCCUCAAGUAAGUCUGUUAAUAUUAGCUUUUUUGCGUCCGGGGUUCGCACAGAUUUUUGGAACCAAAAUUCAAGACUUUUCCAGACGUUUUUCCAAAACUUUUAUCAAUAUAUUUUCCAGACUCGAGGUUAUCAAACAGAUGAUCAAACGAGACCUUUAAAAAAAGGCAAAAACAAAGCUGUUUUCAUGAUGUGCUGCGCACGUGGUUUAUUGAAGUUUGUUGAUUGACAUAUUUCCAUGGAAGUUACAUUAGGAAGAGCCACCCACAAUGUUAGCACAGUUACUGACAAGGUAUACGAGUAGGAAAACAACCCAAAGAAAAUGCUUAGUAAAGUACCAGUGGGACCAAAGUGUCUCAAUCUUGUGAGAAUUCCAAGAGAUUUGCUGAUCUUUGAGGCGACAUUGAAUAAGAUUUGACGAAAACGAGAAAACUUCACCUAUAAAGCACUAGUUGUGGCUUAAAAAUUUACCAUUUUUCCAGACCUCAUCUCUAUUUUCCAGACUUUUUCCAGGUCUUGAAAAGUGUCGGGCAAAUUUUAAGACUUUUUCAAGAAUUCAAGACUCCGUACGAACCCUGGUUUUCUUCCGAAAGCGUUGAAAAUCACAAUAUUUUAAGAAAAUAUCGCACUUUUGCGGCGUAAAAUAAUUAAAAGUAACAAGGAAAAGAUUUUGUUCGAGCGGUAGUCUUGUAGGGAUUUAUCUAUAGCACCCGCAGCGCUCACUUGAUUAGUCACUCUCCCCAACUCUUGGUCAGUAGAAAGUCCAAAUCAAUCGCACAGCAAAAUACGUCAUAUUUAUAUUCAUGACUGGUUUAAUUUACUUGUGUUGUGCUCCUACUUUUCCUUGUUUUCCUCAGGGACGGGGCGGGAGGAUAAGAAAGUUCUCGUAUUUCACCACUUCUGACAAAGCAACAGCUUCGGAGGCGGAUCAACUCCAAGAAAUAUUAAAAGUGGGUGAAACCAGUCUGUGUAACAUUUUCUACUACUUUCUUUUUCUACUCUCUACAGGAGAAUCAUUGACGAGCCGUUACUCUCGCAACACGGACCAAAGACUUCACACUUCGUUCAGCAGUGGUGAAUUUGCGAGGCUAAAGCCAAAAGACAUGUCUUCACCUCUGGUCUCUGAUCACAGCGACAACGGGCGAAGAGUCAUUUCACCAAUCCGCAGGCGAAGCGAUGAUGACGUAUGUAUUUCAGCAAACUCAUCCCCAGGUUUUUUUUGCGUUCGCAAUGUAUAGGGUGAUGUUCUCUCCUAUUCCAAAGGAGCGUACAUAGCUACGGCGACGAAAGUGUAAAUGAAACUAGAACGUGCAACUUGCUUUGCAACACGCCAAACCUUGUUUGACAAGCGUGAAAAUAUUGUCUCGAAAAACGUUCCUCUAAACUUUCCCUUCCAUCACCAGAUCUUUUUGUAAAAGACCAGAAAACAUUAAUUUAAGUGAAGAUCACACAAAACGCGCAAGGAAUAGCCCUGUCACGUUUGUCACACACAAACUUUUCGCCGUCCUCUUUUUUCUCCUCUCCUGUUGCGUAAACUCACUAAUAUGUUAGAGACGCAACCAAGUUAGAAAAAAGAAAGGCAACACCGUUGCCAGGCGUUCAGGUGCUCUAUAAAACGCCCCAGAGGAUGGCAAAAAGUGUAUCAAAAACGCGCCGCUCUUGCCUUGGUUGUGAAAGCUAUUGUUUUUCUUGUCAUUGUUGUUGCCGUCGUCGGUGUGAAACCUCCUGUAAAGCCUUCUCACCGAUUUCACACUUCCUUGUUGCAGGACUCCUCAGAUGCAAGUUGACGAAAACCAUAAUGAUAUGAAGUCGGCUGAUAUCACCUCAUUACUGAAGUACCGCCCAGAUUUGGUCUUAGAAACAGGAAAGAACAGCCAAUCCAAGCGGCAAGGCCUAUUUAACUUAUACGUGCCUGAAGAGGAAUACGGUUUUUGCAAACUCUGAAGAAGAGUAUUUUUACAUACUUACGUUUGAAACAUAUCCAAAUUUAGUGGGAAAAUUCAAAUUGUAACAUAUUGUAUUCAUGCGAGAUUUUUAUGAAGUCAUAAUGUAUAUAAGAGAGUUUAAUAGUGGUAUAACCAUAUGUAUUGAAAUUCUACGCGCAACCAACAAGUUUCAUGAGCUUCAACACCAAGCCACGUUUGGUGUUUCACUCACUGUUGGUGUUCACUCCCCCAGAUAUCCAGUUUAAGUGCAUUCCAGGAAGGACACAUAUUAUAGAAGGCUUCGCUCAAGUUUGCAUGAAAACAACCGUUCGCGCUAAUAGAUCCCAAGGGACUCGCUGUCUUGCACUCAAGAGCUUUUUUACUUUCUUUUUAAGGCGUAUAUCGCGCGUUUAUCCAGAGAUCUAAUACUUUAAUUUGGCUGUAGAAUCUCUGUUAACGAACCGGCAUAAACCUGCUAGUUUUCCAAUUUUUUCUUGAACUCCAUGAGUUGAGCAUCUUACUGAUUAAGACGGACGCAGUGUGCUGUUUUCAGUGUGUAACCAUUAAUUCUACGGUCGAAUAUAUCUUGAUAAGUCCAACGUUACAAAUGAAACUCUUCUCAAAAGCAAAUAUAGGGACAAACUACUACAUUGUUUUUCUCUCUAAAAAACGCUUCUUCUCAUAAACGUCAUUACCCUGUUACAUUAAAAUCUUACAUCACAAAAAUUAGUUAAUUCCCCGACUGCAGAAAAAUAGUGAAGUUCUUGAUAAUAUCAUUCGAGUUGCUAUGUAGCAAAAAUUGCAAAUAAGACUCAUGCCUGGAAAAUAUGAAGAUCUAAAUGUGAUCUCAAGAGUUAUGUAGAAGUUUAAAAUUAUGAAAGUGAGUUUAGUGCUUUAAGAGUGUUUACUAGGAAAUCAAAUUACUUUGUUGACAGAGGAAUAAAUUUACCACAUCAAAUGAUUAUCAGUUAUUGGUCCUGUCUUUUCAAUUUAAAAUUAAUAAUCUCUUA